AUGCAUCACAUUGGCAAAGGCAGUUUCGCCGAAGUCUACCGCGGCAUUCACAUUGAAAAGCGCCAGUCGGUCGCCAUCAAAUCGGUCAAUAUGAACAAGCUGAACAAGAAGCUCAAGGACAACCUCGUGUCCGAGAUCACCAUCCUGCGCAGUCUUCACCACCCGCAUAUAGUAUCCCUCAUCGACUGCCAAGAAGCGCCCUCGCGCAUGCACAUCAUCAUGGAAUUCUGCGAACUCGGAGACCUGUCCGCCUUCAUCAAGAAGCGCACUGACCUUGUCAACCACCCCCAGACGCAGCGCAUGAUAGAAAAGUACCCUAACCCAUCCGUCGGAGGACUGAACGAGGUCGUUGUUCGACAUUUCGCCAAGCAGGUGGCCAGCGCCCUCGAGUUCCUGAGGUCCAAGAACUACAUCCAUCGGGAUCUGAAACCACAAAACCUACUACUAAAUCCCUCGUCCAUGUUUUACUCGCAAAGCGGAACCCUCGAACGUAUGCCCUUGGCGGCUAGCGCAAACUCGCUCAUCCCGGCUACUGGCAUUGCCUCUCUCCCAAUGCUCAAGAUUGCUGAUUUCGGCUUCGCUAGGAUUCUGCCAACAACCUCACUGGCCGAAACACUCUGUGGCUCCCCGCUUUACAUGGCUCCGGAAAUCCUGCGAUACGAAAAGUACGACGCCAAAGCCGAUCUCUGGUCAGUGGGCACGGUUCUCUUCGAGAUGAUGUGUGCUCGCCCUCCUUUCCGAGCAAACAACCAUGUUGAGCUCCUGCGUAAAAUCGAAGAGCGCAAAGAUCAGGUCCGAUUUCCAGAAGGCCUGGUUUGCAGCAGGGCUAUGAAGAAUCUGAUCCGCGCAUUGUUGAAGCGGAAGCCAACCGAGCGCAUGUCGUACGAGGCCUUCUUCGCAGAUACAGUGAUUCGUGACGAAAUCCCCGGAAUGGUGGAUGAAGACCUGCCCGGAUCCAUGCAAGCCUCGGAACGCCUACAAAUCUCUGCACUCGAACCGACCGCUGAGCCGCCUAGACAAGCUCAGAAAGCCCCUGUUGAAAUGGACCGCCAAGCUCUAGAAAAUGCAUAUUCCUCAUCGCCCAGACCUAGGACAGGCCUGGGCAUAUCACCACCCUCGCGGCCGAGCUCUAGGCCUGUAUCUGGCAACUACUCAAACACUCCACCACUACCGUAUUCUUCCCGGAGAUCCAGCACCACGCCUGUUGAACCUAGUGAAGAGCGCGUGUCACAUCGCGAACAUCGGCGGCCAACCCUUACGAACGCUGCAACAGCCCCAGGGCGCCCCCUGGCUGUGCAAGACCAGUCGUCGCCAGGAACUGCCGUCAGCCACAGGCGUAGGUACUCUCGCGACGACCAAACGCCAGCACCCAGUGGUCUCAAGGAGCAUCUCGAUCGGGAACGUAUUCCACAAAGAGCUGAAGCGAAUGUACUGCGGGAGGCGGCUGAACGAGCUGCCCAAGACAACGCCCUAGACGAAGGGUUUGUAUUUGUGGAGAAACGCCGCGUAGAAAUCGACGCACUCGCAGACGAAAUUGCCAACAGUCCGCAAACACAGCGAGAUCGACCUAUGCAUAGAGAUGCCACAAUGAAGCGACGAUCGACAACCCAAGGAUCGCCCACAUCUGUUACUGGUGCCGUGCCCUCAAAAGCUAUUCAGAUCCAGCAAAAACCUACAAUCACACAUCAACGCACGGGCUCAUACAGCCGACGACAAUACCGCCCUAGCUUUGAAACAGCCACUUCUGCCCUGUCCAAGGCCAUGAACAUGGUCAAUAUCCGGGGACUCGGUCUUUCACCACCCGUCAUGAAAGGUGUAUCGCCGCCGCCCCAAGGAUACUCGGCCUUCCCCGCGUAUCCUACCGCGCAGAGCAGCAUGCUGCUCGUUGGUGAUGGUGGCAAAACGAUCAACAAAGACGAGGACACACUUGCAGUCAGAAGGAUCGAAGAUCUCGCCCAACUCAGUCACGUUGUCUAUGGUUUCGCCGAAGUCAAGUACAGUCAACUGGUGCCUGUUGCGCCCAGUGAUCCAGCUCUGGGAGACGGGUCCACAGGAGUCGCUCGCAAACCCAACAACGAUAUCAUCGAAUACGAUGAUGACGAUGACGAUCUGACACCUGAUAUUGUUCUCCUCAUUUCCGAGGAAGCAUUGGUGCUGUUCGUCAAGACGCUGGCCAUGCUCAACAAGGCCAUGGACUUGACUGGAAGCUAUUGGAAUCGAACACGCCGUAACAGCGGGUCUGAUGGAAGCAGCCGUACAAAUGCCAAACUCGGCCAGGUCGUAUCUUGGAUGCGGGAUCGCUUCAAUGAGUGCUGUGUCAAGUCAGAGAUUGUUGCCCGCAAGCUUAAGCAAGCACAGCAACAGCUGCCAGUCGACCACCCCAGCCAUCCUCAGAACCAAUCAGCCGCGUCGGGCUCGACGACGGCUGUCGGCUCUGCAGAGAACAUUUUGCUCACUACUGGAGUCACGGCCGAGAAGUUGCUGUAUGACCGUGCGCUCGAGAUGAGUCGCCAAGCAGCUAUCGAUGAGCUGACAGGUCACAACUUGGGCGACUGCGACAUCAAUUACUGGACUGCCAUAACCAUGCUCCAAGCUGUCUUGGAGGAGGAAGAGGAUGUUCCUGGUCACAAGUCGGAUGCUGAAGAAAUCAAUGGUCUCGAUGGUGAAGACCGAAGAUCAAUACAGAAGCUUCUUGAGCAAAUGAGAAGCCGCCAAAAGGCGCUCAAGAAGAAACUGGAUGCGCUCAAAACUCAGAAACGUUCGUCAAUCACAGGUGUCCCUUCACCUCAUUCUAUUGGCCGCAACUCGCCAUCUCCAGCAGCCACGAGGUGA